GUGGCCCGCUCGGGGUGCAGACGGAGCGGGGUCGAUGCCGCUCUUUGACCCCCUGGCACCGUCCCGGCCGUGCCACGCUCGGUGCCCGCUCCAGGGGCGGCGGGGCGGACUCUGGACCCGGAGCGGGCGGUGCAGCCGAGAUAAAGCCGGGAGGGUCAAAGGCGAGCGCAGAACGUUCUGGGCGCGGGCGGUGGGGCCAUGCAGAGCCCCCCGAGAGCGGGGCAGAACCGGGGGGUCCCCGCCACCCCCUGUCCCAGCCAGGCGGGGGUCGCCGGCCCCGAUCCCCCUGACCCUGCGCCCCCUCCCCGCAGCGGCCCCCGCCCUGACGGCCCCGCAGCCCCGGGGACAGAGGGGGCUCGGCCCGGCGCCCCCGGCCCCCUCCGGCCGCCGGCCAUGGGCAGCCACGAGAAGGAGCCGUGCUCGCCGAGAAGGGCCCCGUCCCGCUCCAACAGCACCGUGUCCUCCAAGCACAGCAGCGCCCAGCAGGGCUCGGAGAGCUGGGAGGUGCUGGAGGAGCCGCGGGCGCGGGGCAGCCCCGGGCAGGAGCCGCGGCGACACGAGGGUUACCUGCUCAAGAAGAGGAAAUGGCCCCUGAAGGGCUGGCACAAGCGGUACUUCGUGCUGGAAAACGGGAUCCUGAAAUAUUCCACCACGCGCCAGGACGUGAGUGAGAGCCCGGGCUGCGGCCCAUGGACGCGGAUCCUGCCCUCGGGCAGUGCCCCCGCGCUCUCGGCGCUGUCCGGCUCCCGGGACAGGGUGGACGCGUGGCUCAAGGACAGCGAGGGGCUGGAGCGCUGCUCUGCCGAGCUGUCCGAGUGCCAGGCCAAGCUGCAGGAGCUGACGGGGAUGCUGCAGCACCUGGAGGCUCUGCACCGCAUCCCCUCGGCCCCGCUCAUCUCCGGCGCUCAGCCCUCGGCCGCCACCGAGAGGCCCAAGAAGGGUCGGAGGAGCACCAAGAUCUGGUGCACGCAGAGCUUUGCCAAGGACGACACCAUCGGCAGGGUGAGGGUGGGCCGCCUGCACGGCUCUGUCCCCAACCUGUCGCGCUACCUGGAGCCCCCGCAGAGCCAGCUGCCGUUCGGCGUGCCCCCGGAGUACAGCCAGCUGCAGCGCAGCUUCUGGGUGCUGGCCCAGAAAGUGCACGGCUCGCUCAGCAGCGUGGUGGCCGCGUUGGUGGCCGAGAGGGCCCGGCUGGAGGAGAUGCGGCAGGCGCUGGACCGGCAGUGCCCGGCAGCGCGAACCGGCAGCGGCGGCAACGCGGGG